AUGAAUAAAAAUUAUUUGAAGUAUAUAAUUUGGGUGGCAGUUACAUGGUGCGCGCUGGUAAGGCUGGUGGAUUCGAAAGCUGGUGACGCGAACACUAAGCUGAAGAAGUGCUGCAAGGCGUAUGAGCCGCUGCAGCACAACAAGACGGCGGUGGACGAAUGCCUCAACAAAUUCUGCGAUUUCGACUCCCUCUCACAAACCAACGUACUCGUGUUUCUGAAGCACUGUAAUGGGACCGUUGUUGGAAAUAUGUUCGCGUGUGCAUCCUCGAAUCACGAUCACACCCCGUGUUGCAAGGCAAAUGGAGUAAGAGGGCGCUGUUUGGAGUACUGCUCGGCACAAGAUGGCGUGCCAACGAACUAUUUGGACUACGUGGCAUGUCUGGAUCACUUCAAUGUCAUCAGGGAUUGCUUCAAAAAUUAUUUGGACAAGCAUCCGGCCAUUAAGUCUUGA